UUUAGUUCCAAAACAUUCCGCUACGAGCCUCCGCUGUUUUUGUCGCGAUCGUCAGACAUAACCUUAUCUUCGUACGGCAGUUUUGACAGUCUUUGACAGUAUUUCGUCGGUGUUUUCAAACCUGCGUACAGGUUAUGAUUGAAAGCUGACUCGCUAUGCGGCGUACAAUGCCCCGCUGCGUUUUCCGUGGAAGAUACCGAAGGAAAGUAUAUUUUGGGACGCAGACGAGCAUUCUCGAGAUCGAGCACGAAGAUAUAGAUACGCGGAGUAUCGUAUAAUCAUAGAGGAGCAUGGCUGGACAUUUGGCGCAGCGGGUGAGUGUCCGCCUCCUGCUGAGGUCUCGGUCCCCGCUUACCAGGGUCGUCCUGCGAGUGCACAUCCCGGCGAGGUGUACGUCCUUCAUACAUUUCGCUUCGCAGAGCAGGUCGUUGUGCAAGGACAUGAGCCUGUCCGAUCACACCUUCGACGUGUUAAGCUACGAUGACUACCGGUUCAAUUACAAGCCGAUUUUGCACAACCUGAUAAAAACUCUGCGGGAGAUACUGAACGUGACGAACGCCGAGGCCAUAAAGAUGCUGAUAGCCAACCCGCAGCUGAAGAAGAGGUCCAGAGUGAACAUCCUGAACAACUACCACAACUUGCUUGAGGCUGGCAUAGAGAAGGAUACUAUUAUGGAGAAUACCUGGCUGUUGGCGCACGAAAGCAGCAAGCUCAAGGAGAAGCUUGACAGCAUCAGCAAGCUGAAAAUGAAUAAUGAUCAGUUGGUGCCAUGGCUAUGCUUGACCCAGGAGGAAUUGACAAAUUACGUAUAUUACAUUCAGUCCGACAUGGAUUCCUACAUGUGCAACAAGAUCAAGCAUCUUGCUAACAGAUUAGAAUGCAGCGUAAAACAGUUGUGCGAGUUAAGUGUGCGAUACCCUUUUUUACUGAAAAUCCCGAUUUCCUACUUAGACAGGAAAUUGGACAUUUUACACGAGUACAAUGUGAAUAACAAGUGUAUAUUGAGGGACUUGUGGGUUUUUCGCUAUACCGAGAAUCACAUACGUCAGAGGUGUGAAUUGUACAAAGAUGCAAAUAGUUUGGAAGUGAAAACGUGGGCUAUAAGAUGUCCGAUUAGAGUAAUAUCAAGAGCUAUCAAAGAAAGAAAUGCGAAACAGAGUGUGAUGCGACAUCACAAAACCAUUGGCGAUUAUCUAAUGGAUAAAUUGAAGAUCGACCAAGAGACUCUCAAUCGCGUGAUUACGAAAACACCGAAUAUUCUACGAAUAAGUUUAGUAAAGCUGAACUCGCUGAUCAACAUGCUGCAGGAUAAUGGCAUUACCAGCGAUGAGAUAUUGCGGUACCAGCAUAUCUUCUAUUUCAGCGUAACAACCAUACAGAGGCGAAUCAAAAUCUUAAACGAAGUCAAUCUUCGUCCGAGGCUUCCUCUGUUGGCGUGUGCCGAGAAAGUAUUUAAACAAUACAUCAGCAAUCAUCGUCGGAAGCAGGAGGUGUUACAGCAUCAUCAGAGCGUCAAGUAUUAUUUGAUCAGCAAGUUGGGCACCGACGAGGAGGCGCUUGAAAGCGCGCUGAAGAAGUACCCGAAUAUCUUGCGAGUGAACGUGGUGAAGAUAGAUGAAGUGAUUAAUAUUCUACAGUACCACGGCAUCACGAGCGACGAUAUCCUGAACAACGCGCGAAUAUUUUUCUUCAAGAUAAAAACGCUGCGCAAGCGGAUCGAUACCUUCAAGGAAUCCGGUCUGCCGCUGAAGCUCUCCGUAUUCACGUACAGCCAACAGCAAUUCGACAGCUAUGUAGAAUUACACAGAUUAAAAAAUUAGAAAUCCA